UCAUGAACGAUGGACGCGCGCUCCCGACACUCCAGGUGAAUGAGAGGGAAGGCGAGGAGCGGGACACGGCUCUCUGUGCGUCGCGUGAAACAAGGAACACUCACAGGAAAAUGACUUGUGGAACGCCGCUUUUCAUGACAACAUAUCUGCUUUUCGUCAUGGGAUGCGUGGCUCAGAAAGUGUACUUUGACUGUGGUGCCAAGGUGGAUGUAGUGGACGUCCAAGGUUUGAUUUUGUCCCCCGGCUUUCCCUAUAACUACUCCUCUGGGACUCACUGUGUCUGGCAGUUCUUUGUGCCUGUAGACUACCAGCUCAUUCUGGAGAUAUUUGACUUUGACGUGUUUGAAAACCAGGAGGCUGGUUUGCAGUAUUCUGCAGCUUUGGAUUUUGAAGAGGAGGUAGGUGAAGAUGGUACUUUUUCACCAAGCAGCCUCGAAGCUUAUGAUGACGAUGGUGGAGGAAACAAAGGUCUAAAGCCUCAGAGUGCUGCCAAGGAAAGUGAAGAAAAGCAAGUGGUGGUACAGGAGCAGUCGACCAAGAUGGAGAUAACCAAAGUCUCAAACUCUGCCAAAAGAUCCACAGAUGGCUCCUCAGAGAGAACAAACGCCUCCACGUACCGACCUGGGGAAAAAGCCGCAGCCGAAUCCCAUCUUAGAUUGGACUUUGACCCUAAUUCUUAUCCUGGUGGAGUCACGGAGGCCACAGUGUCCAUGUCCACUGACUCUGUGACGGUUACUCCCGAAACGCAGCAGUCGAUUUUGGACGCCUGUCCACACGACGUUCUCUACAUCUCUGACCUGAUCACCUUUUCAUCAAGGUUCUGUGGCUCCAACAGGCCACCCAGCAGCCAACUGGUGUUCGGCUCCAACCAGGAGAUGGUGGAGGUCAUCAUGGAGCUCAUCACCACCACCCACUGGGGACGCGGCUUUGCACUCCUCUUCCACUACCAUAAUCUGACAGAGCCGGGAGGGGACGGACCUGCCGUCCUUUCUGCAUCCACCAGGGUGGACUCCCUGCUGGCUGCUGUGAGCGGCGCUGCCUUCUUCGCAAUGAUACUGACCAGUGCCCUCUGCAUCAUCUUUAGACCCAAACUGUGUCCAAAGAGAGACAGCUCCUGCGCCUCCUCUAACUCUGAGGUGCCGGAAGAAGUCCAGACCACCGUGGCUGAGGUCAGCGAGCUUCAGCUAAUGGCCGAGAACCAGACCAACGUGCCGGCCUCCACGGAGCCAGUCAACCACCACAACAACACACAGCACUCAAGCGUGGCGGCUGGUGAGUCCGUGCAGGAUGCCGAUCUUUCCACCAGCAGGCUGACGGAACUGGACCUCGGUGCUGAUGAGGUCUUCAUCAUUUCCAGCCCCAGCAGUCCCUGCAGGCUCCCCUUCUCCCCCCACACGCAGCGAGAGCGGCUCCUGCGGCACAGCGACACCGGCCCGGGCCCUGCAGCGGACUGGCCCUCGCAGGACUCCAGCCCGUCCACCGGCGGCUCCCGGGCGGCCAAGGACGGCUCCAGCCGGCCCCGAGCGUGGAGCGUCCGGACGUUCCAGGACUUCUUCCCACCGCUGCCUCAGCUGCACAAGAAGUGGUGCAGCUGGAACUCCACCAGCCCCUUCACCAAACUCAUGGACAGCGGGCUGCCGACUCUGGCGUCCGACCACGGCAGGAAGGUUCUCUCCGACGUCCACCUGGAGGCCUCGGCCGACGCCAGCGCCGUCUCCGACUCCUCCGCCAGCAACGCCUCGUACCCGCUGGCCCAGCAGGCGCACCGCCAGCGGCGCCUCAACUCCACCAGCAACCUGCGGCGCUCCCGCUUCACCGGCCCCUGCUUCGGCCUGCUCUCUGGCGCCGCCGAUCCGACCAAGACCGCGGCGCUGCCUCAGAAUUCCCAGCCGGAGCCCAACGCCAACUGCUCCGCCUCCAACCAGAGUCAGGCAGAAAGCGUCCAGGCGGGAAAGAAGCGCGGUGAGGGCGAGCACGUGAGCGUCCCCGUGUUUGCCAUCUCCGAGGAGGAGGACCGCCAACCGCUGGUCUCGGCUGACCAGCUGGACCAGGGCCCAGCGGUGCCCAACGGACUGACGGGAGGCGCGUUUGAAGCAAAGCUCAUGGCAGCGACCAGUCCCAGCCACCAGAGGGCCCGGCCUGAGUGGAGGCCCUGGGGGAGCCAGGUGACGGGCGCGCUGCUCCCCUACAAGACGGCCAUGACUGAGACAGACCAGCCGACACUGGGUCCGGUUCUGUGCAGCGUCAAGGACCAGGUGUGAAGGAGCUGGACUCUGCCGGUCCACCAUCUCCGCCACUUUGUAGAACCGCUCUCAAAUCAACACGACUCUAGAGCCGCGCACCAGAAAACACACGCUGGUUUGAUGCAAAUUCUGCUGCUUUACCUACCGACUGCUGAGCUGAGUACAAAUAAUCGCAAACGUUUUUCAUCGAGCCGCACUCGAGGAGCACUUUCACACACUAACCAGACCGAUGCCGUUCAUGUCCUCCAGCUCCUGCACUUUGUGGAUUCCAGUGUGGACUUCCAACACGCAUCACAUGUGUCUCGUGACCGAAAAGUGUUCCUUAGUCACAGAUGUGCUUCUGCAGCUGGGUCCAGAAAAAGGGAAAUCACAGUCAUGUAAAGGCAAAUAUACUAAUAACGUACACGACUAGAUGUCUGUAGACCAGAGCUAGAUAAAGACAUGAAUGACUGUAAAGUUAAUAAAGAUUGUUCUUCAACUAUGACGCUGACGUACUGGUGCAUGUUUUGAAAGUUUCAUUUUAUUGUCAAUCGUGAA